GGAGUUCGAACAAUCGAACAUCCGAGGCAGCGCCUGCUUACAAAGAGGCGCAACCUCGCGGCGCAAAGGGGUCGCCGCUGCUCGCAUUGUCGCGAUACAUUCAUAAACGAAAAGCAACUUCGCGCUUCGCAGUCCCUUAACUGCGAAGUCGGGCAGAUAAAAUAUCUUGAGGGAGCUAAGCUGGUACUUGGGUGCGGCAUCUUGCAGUCAGAAGCCCGUCGCACGCGGCCCAAAAAACUCGGCCGAAAAGGACCGGGUUGAGCUUACGUCCAGACGGUUGCCGCCAACGGCAUCCCCACACUAUGAAAGUAGUCCCUGUCCCGUUCCUGUGUAUGCUCCGGUCGACACUCGCUUGAACGUUGGGAACAGAUAGAUGAGCGUGCUGGUUGUCUCUGGUCCUUUCGACAUGGACUAUGGUAGUACAACCAGUACCGAGGCGACUAGGAAAAGGCCGUCAAGUCGCCUGCGCGCCUGUUGGGAGUGCAAGAAGAGAAAAUUACAGAGCGCUUGCGAGAAGAGCGAGUCGUCUACCACUUUAGCUAUUGGUCCUCUGGACAGUUUCGCUCCAGACGGUGAGGAUCACGCCUGCCAGCUCCACAUUGGUGAACGGCUUGGCAAGCUGGAACAACUAUUCGAGAAGUUCGUGUGUCGCAAAGCUCCCAACAUCACCUUGAACAUUGCUUCGUCGCAAGACUCUUCGCGAACAGCUGUAUCAACGCAGUUCGACGAAAAGCCUUUCAAACUCACCGGGCUUCCGCCCUUACCGAAAAGCGACGGCCAAAGUCUCGCAGACGGCAUACUAGGAACACGUACUUGGUCGUCGGCUCCGAGUAUCAGGACUCUCGUCGAGAAAGAAGACGGGCAAACAUCAUCAGAUCCUGUUCACAGGGCAUUGGUAGCUUUGCUUCCUUCGCAACAUGAUGCCGACGUUAUAUUCGAGUCCUCGAACGGGUGGAUGAUUAUGGGCGGCAUGUAUCGGCCCUCAAAAGACCUCUUCGUGGAUCAAGAUCCGGAGUCGUAUGCCUUGUGCAUGGCAUCAAUUGCGAAGGAGCGUGCCAUUAUCGUAGCACGGACACUGCUACAUUUAGCAGCUUGUCUCUGCGCCUUACCGCCCGACUUCAACACCUCGCGGUUACGCAAUAUCUGGAACCUCGAAGCUACCAUGGACAACUAUGUUACUACCGUCACUUCGCUGGUCACCUCGUCGGAUGAGCUGUUACUCACCCUACCCGGACUUGAGACGCUGCUCCUGCUGUCUGUAUACCACGUGAACGUUGCCAACCUCAGACAAGGUUGGCUCCUUGUUAGGAGAGCUAUGAAUCUGGCACACCUGAUGGGCUUCCAUCGCAUCGUCCAAGCCAGACAAAUUCCCCAGAUUGAAUCGAUAGAGUCGUCGGUAUCAGUGUGGUGUUGUCUAGUCGACUUCGACAGGAUCCUCGGCCUACAUCUACGCCUUCCGUUCGCCUCGGACGAUUAUCCUAUCCCAGAAGACGACGCAUCUCAUCGCGUUCACCGCGCUCGGCUCACAUCCAUAUCCCGACAGGUCGCCGAGCUUGAUCACGAAGUCACCUCUCAGUCAUACGUGCAGGCACUAGCACUCGACGAGAAGCUCGAGUCCAUGAUGAAAGAGCAACCGAAGGAUUUCUGGGACGUGCCCAACGUGCCACCCACCGCCCGGACAGCCGAGUCAUACGACGUGCUGGAGCGCUUGAUGGUCCAGAUGUGGCACUUCGAACUCAAGAUCUUCAUCCACCUCCCGUUUCUCCUGCGUGCACCGCAAGAGAGCCGCUACGAAUACUCGAAAGUCGCCGCCCUCCAAGCUAGUCGCAACGUCGUGAUGAGGUGGUUCGCCCUCCGCAACGCCGGCAUCACGCAAGCAUGCUGCCGCUUUGCCGAACUCAGCGUCUUCAUUGCCGCCAUGACGCUCACGCUCGACAUCCUCAUCGACAUGGCCACCAAAGAAAAGUCAGAAGUACAAAAGGCAAAAGGCAGCGACUUCGCCAUGAUAUGCCGGGUCAUCUCCGAGAUGGAGAAACUCGGCAAGGCCAGCACCCGCGAGCGCAUGGCCAUGCGCAGCGCAGUCGUGCUGAAAAAGAUCCUGUCCUCGCUGGACCCCAGCAAGCAGACGCUGGGUAAGGCCAGGCUGACGGUGCCGUACUUUGGCACUAUCGAGCUGGAUUACAAGAAGCUGCCUGUUCGGCCGGCCUUCGAUUUGGACUCGGGCACAGCGAAGAAGCUGAGCUCGAAUGGGACGGCUGAUCAUAUUCCGGUGUUUUCUUUUGUAGCCAACGCGCUGUGGCCUACUACUAACGAGUAUAACAAUCCCGAGAUGGACUUUGACAUUAUUCUCUUUGACGGGCUGCAGGAUCUGGACGUGGAUGGAAAUUGGGUGUUUUAAUUAGCGUUACUCGCUUUUCCUUUGUGUACGGAAGGAUGGAAUGGGAAGGCGGCGUUUGGGAUGUUGUCAAGGCUAGCAUCGUAG